GAACUGUGUUUACCUUCCCCCUCGACGUGCAGCCGGAGCACCUAAGUCUCCUAUCAGUCACAGAAAUUUUCCAUAAUGUCGUCUCGUUUUGGUCUCCUCGCCGUGGAUGUUGAGCCCGGCGAGCGUGCCAAUAAGAAGAAGCAAGAUAAGGCCAAACCCAAGACGGACGAGAAGAACAAGAAGGCGGUCAACAAGAACAACAACAAAAAGAAGAAAAAUGGGAUUGAUGAGAGUGUGUUGCAGUUACAGGCAAUGGCCUUUGGAACGGGCAAAACAAAAGCCAAAAAGAAAUCAAAUAAAGGUGGAGAUACAGCUAAGAGAGAAGGAAACAAAGGAGAUCCAGUGAAAAAAGAAGCAAGUAAAGUCAAUGGCGAAGAUGGGCUGAGAGUGGACGAGGAAUGGCAACGCAGGGAUGAUGAGUUUGUCCGUGAUGAGAAUGAGCGAAGUCUACGGGAAGCUUUGAUGCUCUCCAAACUUGACUUUGAAGAGAAAGAAAAAACCUCUGCACAAAUUAAGAAAGAACGAGAUGAGGGAAAGGGGGGGAAAGUGAAGAAGAAGAAAGACAAGCCAGUUACCAUGUCCUUAGAACAGUUCAACAAUCUUACAGUAGAGCAGUUAGCAAGAAAAAAUGAACCAGAAGUGCAAGAACCUCCUCGGAAUGAAAACGAACACAAAUUCUUCGAUGACCUCGAGGAAACCACCCGGAAGACCAUGGAGAGAGAAACAAGAAAGGAGAAUUACAAGGCCACCGCAGGACAAUUUAACCAUGCAAUGCGCGUGUCUGAGUAUGAAGCUGAAAUUGAGAAGAGAGACUUUGAGAUCCAAGCACUGAGGCUGGAGGUCGAGUCUUUGAAAAAUGACCUUCAGAUGGUGAAGAGCAGAAACAAAAAACUGUGUGAGGUUAUUUGUUCAGCUGAAAUGAAGGCCAAGGCAGAACUAGUGGUUGAGCUAGAUAAGAUGACAAAAGUACGAGAGGAACUUACCCAGGAAGUUGGAAGCCUUUCAGCCCAACUGGAGCAGGAGAGAUCCAAAGUCAACCAGCUUACGUUGGAUGUCAAAAAACAGGGUAAAAAGAAACAGUCAUCAGAACCAGCAGGCAAGUCUUAACAAGGGAUCAUGAACACCUUUACACCGUCUCAACUUUGAAUAAAGAACUUGAAAAUGUAAUGCACUACUUCCAAUAAAUGAUAAAAUAAUGUAUUGAAAGACAUGGUAAUUAUCAGAUUUUUUGCCGAUAGAAUACCAUUAAUAAGACCUAAGCAGAUUUGAGUUUAAGGAGUACAAAUAAUAGUAAGAAGUAUAACUAUUUUUUCAUCUGUAUUCUUUAUGAUGUUUGUAAACAGUUGCAAUCUAAUUGAAAUAUUGAAUUAAAUAUGGGAGCUGCUGCAAUUUUUUUUUUUUCUCUCUCUCUCUCUCUGAUUUUUAAAAUAACUAAAUACACCCCUUUUCAUAUAGCUCUAAUGGCAAUGGAACUUUGUUAAAAGUGUUGAAAUAGUAGUGCAUUUUUAAUUUGUUCCAGUAAAGUUGUAAUCCUGUGUUUAAUACCUUUUAUUCAGUUGCCAAUACUUUUACCCUUAAAAAUUAAAAGAAUCAAUAUACUCCUGUUUGAUUCAGUAAUAAAGUAACCAGAUGGGUUGUUCUGCACAGUGAAAAUGUGCAAUUUUCAUCCUGGAAGUCAGUGCAUGUUUUGAUUUUAAUGUUUAUUGUUUUUGUUUUGUUUCUAUUCUCCCUUUUUAAGAAAAAUCACAAUCAUUCUUAUUUACUUGAAUCUGCUAUUCUAAAAACCUGUGAUACUUGGAAUAUAGGACACAAAAAGAUAUGUCUGUCUGUCUACAGUCAAGUAAAUCCAAUCCAAAUUA